AUGAAGACAGAUAAGAAGAAUCACGGAAAAAUCGUUUUGAUUUUGUAUGAGAACGUACAAUAUAGGUGCCAGGGAACUGUUAGGAAUGAAGCCGUCAUGCCCGAUUAUGUCAUGAAUCGUGCGCAAGCCCUAGAUUGUGAUUAG